AUGGUAGCACAGAUGGCUAGUCCGAGCUCCAGGGCUAGACUCCUGACCCUCAAACCCAUUACCUGUGUGGCCCUGGGGAAGCUGCUCAACCUGCCAGCAUGGCCACUUCCUCGUAGGUAUCAAGGGUACGACAAGAACAGUACCUCCCUCCCAGCGCCCUUAGGCGUUGCCCACGCACCACGCACCACGCACCACGCACCACGCACCACGCACCACGCACCACGCACCACGCACCACGCACCACGCACCACGCACCACGCACCACGCACCACGCACCACGCACCACGCACCACGCACCACGCACCACGCACCACGCACCACGCACCACGCACCACGCACCACGCACCACGCACCACGCACCACGCACCACGCACCACGCACCACGCACCACGCACCACGCACCACGCACCACGCACCACGCACCACGCACCACGCACCACGCACCACGCACCACGCACCACGCACCACGCACCACGCACCACGCACCACGCACCACGCACAGUGGCGGGCCUGGCAGGGCUGGGUUUCCUCCAGGACGCAGACUCUGAGAGCUCCUGGUCAGUUCCCUUCAUUGCAAAAGGAGAAGGAAACAACUACAACGUCGUAACGGCAGCCGCGGUGACACUUGCUCUCAUCCUUCUUCUCAAGGUCGAUGUGAAGACCCAGCGGGUCGAAAACCAUCACCUUCAUUUCACCGGGAGGAACAUAGGCUUGGAGAGAUUAAGCAAUAAAUUGGUCCAGAUUGCGGGGUGCACAUCCUGCACCACACAUCUGCUCAAAGUCGUGCGGGAUCUGGCCCGCCUGCAGGUGAAUUCCACCUGCCUGGUGGGAGACGCGCUUCUUGGGCGUAGCUGCAGAACGCGCUGCAGCACGCAAGCGCCCGCCCAGCCACCGCCCCGCCCGGCCCGGCUGCGGCUUGCAGGCGCGCUCCUGGGGGAGGGGGCAGAGGCCGGCGCGGACGGGACGGGGCGGGAGUCGUCGCAGUCGCCGGCGGGGCAGCAAACGCGCAGACACCGCCCGGACGCAGCCGCCGCCGCUCCUCUACCGCUGGCUCUGCGCCCCAGCCCGGCUCUGCGGCAGGGAGGAGGGGCUGCCCGAGCACGACUCCGGAGCACGGGGCCACCGCCAGGCCUUGGGAGCCACCGCCAGGCCUCCCGGAGCGGCCCCCACGUUCCAGCUGCCCAGACGCACAGACCCUGCGCCAGCCCCGCAGCCACCUGCUUCGGGCCCCGAGGCGAGGACACGAUGCGCUACGCGAGGGCGCUCUCGGCGCUGCUCCUGCUGCUUCUCCUGCUGCCGCCGUCGCUCUCCCAGGAUGCUGCCGCAGACCAGACCCGCCUUCAGUCGGCAGCCCCAAGCCAGAAGCCCACACCUACAGCAUCCCCCGGCGCACCGAAGACUUCAGCCACAGUGACGACACACGCAGCCCCGACACGCACCAGCCCAAACCCCAAAAGCCCUACGGCGUCCACAGGCAAGGCGGAGGCCCAGACCCCAGCUCAGUCGGGCCCCGCUGACAAAGCCUCUGUGCCCACUGUGAAGGAAGACUUGGGCAACCCUACCGGAGCCCUCAGUGGCUCACAGGGUAGCAGCAUCGGGCCUCCCGCUUCCACGGCUUCUGCCAGCACUGAAGCCACAAGCCUCCAGGAUGGGGACAAAGGAGCAACUGUGCCUGCAGACCACAAGAGCAGCCACGCUCCUACACACCCCUCGACCACUCAGAGAACAGAUCAUUUGGCCCCUCAUUCUUCAGUUUCUGUGAGAACAGAACCCCCUCCUAUGGUUUCACAUGCCAGCCCAGCAAGCUCUGCCCAUUCCACGGUCACUGCGAAGACCCCAGCGAGCUCCCCCGAGGAAGGACACGACCUUACCACGGUCCCCAGUGGUUCAAGCCUUGCAUCUGGCACUGGAAGCCCCACAGUCAGGGGGAUGCCCACCACACCAACCUCUUCUGUCACCACCAUAGCACCACAAGGAACUGGGCAGACUUCCGGCCAGAUGCCAACCAGCCCCACGCCAUCUUCCUCCACGACACUGCAGCCCAGGGACUCUUCGUCCAGUCCUGUGUCAGGAACUGUGGCCACACCUGCUGUUGGGGGAGACACCCAUUUCAGCACUCCUUUGGCUUCAACUGUCCCCCAAGGCCUCAGCACACCCUAUUCCACCUUGGCUCCUGGGAAACCCAAGGUAGACUGUGUGACUCCUGAAAAGCUGGACGAGAAGCUGCUCAUCCUGAACCUCACGGAAACCAGCCCCUGUGCAAAGAGCCCCCCGGCGGAUGACAAACUGGUCACACAGCUGUGCCGAGCAGUCAAGGCCACCUUCAACCCGGCUCAGGAUUCGUGCACAGUACAGCUGGCCCCUAUUCAAGAAAGCCAGGCAGUGGCAAUCAAAAAAAUCACUAUUCAAACAAAUCUCCUUCCUGAGAAUGUGUAUGAACUGCUGAAGGACAAAUGGGAUGACCUAAGAGAGGUGGGCGUCAGCCACAUGCAGCUGGGGAAUGAAGGCCCACCAGAGGAGGCCGAGGACCGCUUCAGCAUGCCGCUCAUCAUCACUAUCGUCUGCAUGGCGUCCUUCCUGCUCCUUGUCGCUGCCCUCUAUGGCUGCUGCCACCAGCGUCUCUCUCAGAGGAAGGACCAGCAACGACUCACAGAGGAGCUACAGACAGUGGAGAAUGGUUACCAUGACAACCCAACCCUGGAAGUGAUGGAGACCUCCUCUGAGAUGCAGGAGAAGAAGGUGGUUAACCUUAAUGGGGAGCUGGGGGACAGCUGGAUCGUCCCUCUGGACAACCUGACCAAGGAUGACCUAGAUGAGGAGGAAGACACACAUCUCUAAUUGGGUCUGCUGGCUGCUUCAACAGGGCCACACGCUCCAGACUGACCACCCGAAGUGCCAUUUGGACAGAGGAGGAGAAUUCCUCCCUGUUUGAGGAGGGAAAGACUGGGGGAGGAAGAGUGAACUUCAAGGGUUGCUACCUCCCAAUUCCCACAGGGCCUUAAUUUUUCCCUUUUCAAGCUGAUCAUAUCAUAUUCUAUCUAGAUCCCUCUUGUAAAGUUACCCACUAGUGCCUGAGCUCAGCGCUGCUGGAGGACAAGAAGGAGGGAGAUGAAGGAAGAGCCACGGAAGGGUCCUCAGAGACCCACUAGCAGAAUAUCCUCAUGUCCUGAGUUGACUGAAGAGGGCAGGUGACUUGCACAAGGUCACAGUUACUUGUUGACAGAUUCCUCCCUUCACUCCAGGGCUCAUCUGUACCAAGCACACUGCUGUGUUCACUUGUGCCCUCUUUCCAGGCAGAGCUGCCCUGGGCAGGGGUGACCACUCCAAUAGUAGGUGGGCUGGGAAGGAGAGCCGGCCUGUACCCUUCUCAGUGGGAUCUAUAUUAUAAGGACAGGUCCCAUGUUUCAGUCUCCUCCUCCUCCAGCUUCGUCUGCCAGUACCCCUCUCCCUCCCCUCCUCUUUACCCCUUUCACUCAAUUCUUAGUUCCACUCUGCCCCAGGGCGCCAGGGAUCAGCACAGGUCAUUCAUCACCUUGAACCCCUUUUUCUGGACUCUGUUUUCUUUGCAUCCAUUUAAUGAUGCAGAGGCCUCCCAGUGUGCACGAGGCCCGCUUAAGGGAGCAGUGGGUAGGUGAAGAGGGGAGCUUCUCAUCCCAGGGUGGCCUCCUCAUGGCAGCUGAUUCGGGGCUCAGCAACCACACUGGCCCACAACCCAAGCACCCCUCGAAGACAGAUGCUCUCCAAGAUCUCCUUUGGCUUUCUGCUCCCACCAGGGAUUAGAAUCUGCAGGAGCCACAGAAAGUAAGAUUUUUUUUUUAAAGUCACUGCUCAGCCAAUGGGAUGAAUCCCCCAAGGCCCAACAAGAAAGAGCAAUAGUGGUAGGACAGACCUGUCCCAGGCCCCAACCCCCACCCGGAUCAGCAGAGGUGUGUCUGAGCAGACAAUCCAUUGAAACUGCUGGCAGACAGGUGUUACUGUUUCAUAGGAAACUCAGGGACUUUUCAAGUUGCUGAGAGUUUUGUUGUAUUUGUUUGUUUGUUUGUUUUUUGUUUUGUUUUGUUUUUUAAUUCAGCACUCCACCGUCAAAGGCCAAAUCUCCAGCUAAGGGAGACUUAGUUAGCUCACCUCAUGGAUUCCAAUUCUCCUGUGCCACAGAGAAAGGCCCAGAACAUGAGUGCAUUCUAAGGUGCCUGACUUCCCACUCUCCUGGCAUGGAGCUAGGCCCUGCUGUUUCCUCUCCCCUGUGUUGCUGGUGGGGCUACUGCAGUUCUGUUUCUGGUGGCAUCUCAGGGAAACACAAAGCCAUGUCUAGUCCCCAGCACAGGGUUUUCUAGGCUCAGCAGUUAGCUGCCUUGUAGAAGGCACCUGAGGAUGGGGCAUAGUGAGGCUUUUCCUGGUUUUCUGAGGAGGGGAAAUCCUGCAUGGAAUUUUGAACCCGGCCAUGGUCUGUAUGUUCCUGGGCAUAAAUUCCCUGGAACCAACUAUCUGCUUUGGGACAGUUUUAUUUUUAAAAAGGUGGGGGAUAUAGGAGGACGGUCUCCCCCUGCGUCCUCCUCUGUGGCCUGUAGCCAUUCAAUAUCCUAGGGAACAGGAAGUCCAGGUGGUCAUGGAGGGCACCCAGGAAGUUUUCCAAGAGCUGGAGAGAUGCUAGGUUAGCAGGAUCCAAAAGCAUUUGCCCUGCUCUUCUGACACUAGUAUUUGGAGGUGGGCAGGAUGGGGAACAGUACCAGUCUGAGGAGAAAUAGAGGAAGUGUUGGGACUCUGGAGAGAAAUCUGUUUGCUUCCUUUCUGCCCAGUGGGUUUCUGUCAUGGUCUCUGUGUGAGGCCAGACUGGAUUAUUGCUCUUGCUGAUUGUGGGUCACAUUCACCAACGAGGGCAUUUGAUAGAGAUAGCAAAUAUUGCUUCUGCAAACUGAUCAAAGGGUGCAGCCCCCAGGCCUCUCAGAGAGAGUUGAUGACUGUGAAGACAAGGGAGCAGAAACCAUACCUGGACAGGGGCAGCGACCACAGCUCUGUCGAGGGAAAACCUGGGGAAGCCUUGGGCUGACUGGGAGGUUCCUUCUUUCUGUGUAUCCAACUUGUGCCUCCAGUAGAACUUCAGGGUCUGACACCUGGCCUGGGCUUGCUCUUGCUGCUAGGACACCUGUGUCAACAGGCCACGCUGCCAGCAUCUGGAAAAGUCAUCUUCCUAUGUCUUAAUAUAUUGAGUCAGAGUGCUGUCUGAUAAUUCAGAUUCUGGGGCCGAGAAGAGAGGAUAGCAACACCAGGGGCUCAGCAAGACUUUGUACAGUUGUACCAAAGAAUUUAGGAAUUCCCUAUCGGUGGCAAACUGUUGUUUCCCCACACUGCAAAAAACAUGAGUCUGAUGAUUUCCCAAGCUACAGAAACCACAGGCUGAUGAUUUUGACUAGCUGCAACCCAGUGGGCAGCAUGCUGCCAUGUGAGUGGGAGAGAAGCAGGACAGAAGAACCUGCAGCAGAAGGCAGAAUACAGGUCUAAUCUAGUAGACCCCGCUUCUCCAUGAGAAAAACUAGUGGAAGACUUGUUUAAACCAUUUCUUGAGCUUUAUCUUUUUUUUUUUUUUUUUUUUGACAAUGUACUGGAGAAACUUUGAAGAACAAAUUCAAUCUGAUGUAUAGAUAUACAUAUUUUUGACAUGUAAAUACAACAGCCACAUUAAUUUGCUGCACUGCUUUAAGUAAGUAUACUUUGAAACAACAUCCAUUAGCUAAGGGAGAUGGCUAGGCUUUCUUUUUUCUCUGAACAAGAAUGUAAAUGUCUAACUAGAAAUGACAAGUUUUGUCUUACUAGAUUCAAGAAGACAGGCUGGGGACAAAAUAUUUGUCUUGCAGACUGGGCAUUUUCAUUUUAAAAUAUGAUCCCAUUCCAAUAAGGGCUGGGGUCAGGUGCACUAAUUGGAGAGUGACACUCUGGUCACAGGGACAGAGAUGUAGAGAUCUAGUCCAGUUUUUUUCCACGACAAAUCUGAAGCCCACACAGGUAAAGUGACAGAAACAGGAUUAAAGCCUGGAUCCACAGAUUAUCCUAUGCUGUGUGCCUCUAAAGAAACCAGGGAACUGAAGACUGCCACUUGCAGGCAGGUUGACACAGGACACCAUUCCUUCCCCCAAACCACCCGAACAAGGCCAGGGACGCAGAGUAACAUAAACGAAAGCCCCGCUAGACUCAACAUUCCGGAGUCAUAUAGAUCUAAGAAGUAAAUGAGCGAUUCUUCCACCAAGAAACUGUUUAGUGAGCUCUCACUUAGGAAACCUACUAGCAGAGGAGGAUCAAAGGGAACAAGACAGGGAAGGCAGCGCAAGAGAAAACCAGAGCCUAGCUUUUGUAAAUGUGGCGCUGAUUCCCGACACCCAGCGAAAGCAGGGGAUUACUAUUUCAUGGGGUUUGUUUUUAUUAGUGAAUGUUAAAACAGUUUGCCCAGGAGACUGGGGGAGCAUGUGUCUUAGUGGACAGGGGUCUGAAGUACACUGGAAAAAUACUGAGAAACUUGUUUGUAAAGACUAUCGUUAAUUAUUGCAUUUUUCUUACAAAAAUAUAUUUUGAAAAAUUGUACACUGUUAAUUAAAAUGCUUUUCUGUAAGCUGG